UCACUCCUUGCCAAGAUGUCCGCCUCGGCGCCUCUUAGAAGUCGCAAAGGCGCCAAGUUUGACCAUCCAUUCCAGCAGGGAGCAUCAUUCGCGAAGACCGAUAUUCGGAGAAUUGCGCGACUGCCGUCCGAUGAGCGCGCGAAGCUUGUUAACAUCAUGUGGGUCGACAAAGCUCUCAAAGGGCAAACCGCGGAGCGUCCGAACGACGGGACGCUUUCAAGACGGCAACCGAAAGCGAUGCCCGCUCUCAUGUGCCCGAAGCCAUCCGUCUCUGCACCAGAAACAAAGACUCCUCGAAUCACUUUCGACCAGCUACCGACCGGAGUUCGAAGGCUCGUAUACCAGUACUGCUGCUUGAAAGCUGAGCGGAGUCCUACCUCCCCGCUGUUGACACCGGACGCAUUACGUCGCGAGUCUCGACUGCCCUCACUGUCGGAAGCAUUUCCUACACUGGCGACAGAGAUGCUGGCAUUAAUGUCUACCAUGUUCAGGGGCACAACAUUCGAAUUCGAUCUUCGCAAACCGAAUAAUGGAUUUCUACGCUGGACUAAACAUUACCCAACAGAAGCAAAGGCGACUCGAAAGCUCAAACUCAGACACUGGACCUGCUGGAUCAAUCUUUCCGAGUGCACCUGGUCGAAUGCAGCGGGCGAGACGACUUUGGAGAUGGAGCCAAGCGGAAUGGUCAAAAUCAUCAACACUUCUACCACUCGGGACUCCUCCUCUUGCAGUUGCGAAAUGGCCGAUCUGCUCGACCGUCGAUGCCCGGGAUGGAAUGUGAAUAAGGCGUGGUCCUUGAGAGAUUUUGCGAAUGCGCUUCGACGAGACGAAUCUGUCUUGAUACAAGCAGCGCUGGAAUUCAUCUGUCUCUUCAACCAGUCUGGCAUUCAAAGGGCAUCGCCACAUUGCGAAGCCUGCGGUCUGGGCAGAAUCCACUUCCGCACACACAAGCAGGAGGGUAGAAAUCCGACGAGUAUCAAGAUGGCCCAGCCCGUGCUAAUUUCCAUUCCUAAGCUUGCGCCACCGAUCCAGGAUGCAGUGAGCAACGAGCACAGUCCAUGCAGCGAGUGGAGUCCUCGCAGCGGAUACAGCAGCAAUUGCAGUCCCCAGAGUUAUUACAGCACUCACAGCGGACGCAGUCCUACCAUCGAGCACAGUCCGUGCAGCGAACCGGAGACGCCUGCGAAGAGAAUGCCCGGCGCAUUCACUGCUUCGGUGGAAAUUUCUACAGCGCGGCAAGUCAAAGUCACCAGUGUCAAAGAGCUGCCCUCCAGGCAACGAUGCGACAGCGUGGCUUCCAACAAUCUGAAGAGAUCAAGCGCUCUUCGAAGGCCCGACACUCUCCCUCGAAGCUCGACCGAGCCAGCGUCCUUUCCCCCUCAUACGCAGCCGCCGCCAGCCUCCACCAAGUCUCGCAAGGUCCCCUACGAGCUCGAGCAAAUGCCGCCUGGCACUCCAGUCGUCCAAGCCCCGCCACAAUCCUACAUCGCGCCGAAGAUCUCCUUUCUAGGCCGCACAUCUAGCCCAUCAACGCCAGUCGAAGAGAGACCGUCUCCGAGCUCGGUCCGCGCUGUCUAUACCCAGCUGCCUGCGAGGAGGCUUCCCGAUCUGCCUCCCCGAAAGCUUCCUGAUCUGCCGCCUGCGGCUUCGGCACGACCGGUACUUCGUCUCGUCACGCCUUAUGUGCAGAGCUUUUCGGACUUUAAGCGAUUGCAGGAUCAAUGGCGGGCGGCCGAGCAGCGGAGGGCGUCGGAGUGUUGA